ACUUCAUCUCUUCAACGAAAAUUUGAAGCUGGCAAAACCCUAAAAUUUCCCGCGAUUCGGAGGCAAGCGGAGCUGCGCAAGUGGAGGAGAAUCCUCGCGCCUUUCCUUCUCUGCGAACCCCCCAAAAUUCCCUCUGCUCCUUCCUCUUCCGAUGGCCACUAUUCCAGUUAAUCCUAAACCUUUCUUGAACAACUUGACUGGGAAGCCAGUUAUUGUGAAGCUUAAGUGGGGCAUGGAAUACAAAGGUUUUCUUGUCUCGGUGGAUUCCUACAUGAAUUUGCAGCUUGCCAACACAGAAGAAUACAUAGAUGGACAAUUCACUGGAAGUCUGGGAGAGAUUCUGAUCAGAUGUAACAAUGUCCUGUAUCUUCGAGGCGUCCCAGAGGAUGAAGAUCUAGAAGAUGCAAAUCAGGACUAAAUGUGAUUCGGCUUCAAAUAUCAAACAUUUAGCUUUAUGCAGUUCUGAGUGAAGUUGAAUGUGAUUCAUCCAAAAAAACCUUAAUCAUUAAAAACGAGAGCUGGAUUUCAUAUUGUAAUUAUGUGUCUUUCUGGCGAUGCAUCAUCCAUGGCCUCGUAUGUGAAUUUGGUGGGACGACUUGAGUUUAACUUGUAUUCGGCUAGAGUUAAGCUUUCAAAUACGUUGGGCUUUCUGAUCAGUGCAAUGUAAGGUCAUUAUUUCUGCA